UUGAAAUGAGAUUUUGCCCUACAAAAAAAACAAAACUGCGAUGUAAGAACAUGGUGCAAAAAUGAGUACAUUCAAGUGAAGGUCUUAGGAAUGAAACUUGAUAAAAUGCUAAUUAAGAGGAACUCAAUAACAGAUGAGUCCACUCAGUCAUCACAUAGGUGGCGACUAGAUAAUUAAUGGUGGUAUUUAAGAAAUAAAAUCCCCUCCCAUUCAAUGCUGACAAUAAUGGCACUACAUGGAAGAUAAAUGUCAAGACUCUAGAACGAAAGUCAUUUCUUUACACAAAAAAAGGUUAAGGCUACAAGAAAAUCAGUAAAGGACUGCAAAUCAGUCAGACUACAGUAGCAAAAGUGAUUCAGAAAUUCAAAACGGAGAAGCCUCCUGAGAUGUCCAGGCCCUCUAUGGAAGCUAACAUCUCGACAUGAGCGUUUGUGAUGUGAACAGUUGAAGAAAAUCACCACACAAGUUUGUCACAGUCAGCUAAAGCAAUAGAAAGCCAAGCUAGGGUGAUUGUUUCCAGUGACAUUGUAUGACAUACACUGCAGAGGAGUGAUGUGCAAGGGUGCUGUCUGUGAGGGAAGCCACUGCUCAAGCCAGUGCACAGAAAAGCCAGUUUAACAUUCGCCAGGACCCUGGUGUCAAAGGUGAAGACUAUUGGGACUGAUGAGACAAAGGUAAAUGUUUUCGGAAUGGAUGGCGUCCAAACUGUAUGACGUCACAAGGGUGAGGAGUAUGAUGAAAAAUGCAUGGUACUCACAGUAAAGCAUGGUGGCAAUGUUCUUCUGUGGGGGUGUGUGAGUGCUGCAGGUGUCGGGGAAUUACACUUCACUGAUGGCAUCAGGGAUUCACAGAUAUGCCGAAAGGGAAGAUGAAGGAAGUACCAGAUGUACCAUCUCUCCAUGCCAUGGGUCACCUGGCCCAAAACAUACAUCCAAGGCCACUGCUGCAUUUCUGAGGAAGAACAGGGUGUCAGUGAUUCUGUGGCCAAGCAUAUCAGCUGACCUCAACCCAAAGGUCAGCUGUGGGGAGUUCUGGAAGGACAGGCUGAGCAUCAUUCUCCAUCCAGCAUCCUGGUUCUGGAAGGACAGGCUGAGCAUCAUUCUCCAUCCAGCAUCCAGAAGGACAGGCUGAGCAUCAUUCUCCAUCCAGCGUCCAGAAGGACAGGCUGAGCAUCAUUCUCCAUCCAGCAUCCUGGUUCUGGAAGGACAGGCUGAGCAUCAUUCUCCAUCCAGCAUCCUGGUUCUGGAAGGACAGGCUGAGCAUCAUUCUCCAUACAGCAUCCUGGUUCUGGAAGGACAGGCUGAGCAUCAUUCUCCAUCCAGCAUCCUGGUUCUGGAAGAGCUCAUUCUCCAAUAAUGAACAAAGAUGUGGCUGUAUGUCACCAACUUGUUCAUUCCAUGUCUAGAAGAGUUAGUGCUGUUCUUAAAAAUAAUAGCGGUCAUACAACAUAUUAGUUUUGGUUGAAUUUGUUGUAGGGUGUACUCAUUUUUGCAACACUUCAUUUAAAUACAGUUUACAAUUUUCUUAUCCUAAUGAUGUUGGUGAUCAAGUUUUUAUGUUAAUGAAACAAAUGUUAUAAAACUCAGUUUUGUCAAAAAUCUGCUAAUUGUUCUGGUAUUCACUGAGAAAUGGAUAAAAAUCUUAAUUUUCAAAUUUCAUUGAUGCUGGGCACUGUAUAUAUGUAUUCUCUCCUUCACUGGGGUGAACUCCAACGUACAAGCGCUGAACUGGGGGGCUGUCAGUAAACCUACAGCUGCUCAGCCCCCCUCAGCCUGGGUAACUCCAGAGUGGAGUAGAGUCCAGGCCCUUGUGUGUUGAGGUGAAUCUGACUAUAGAUGGUCUCUCUCUGCCUCCCGCACCACCUGCGGCUCCUUGCUCACCAGAGAGUCACAUUCUUCGUUCCUAAAGCCAGCUUCAGUAGCUGGGGGGUCAGACUGCCAAGCCCUCUGCCUUCGACUGCUGCCCAGUCCAGCACAGCGGACCCUUCUGGCUCCUCCUGCAGGUGGUGGGCCCAAAGGAGAGUGGGUCCAUGUGGCCCAUUCUUACUGUAUUUGGCAGGGUCCCAUGGGUGAAAGCCCGACCACAAGGCGCUUGCCAAUGACCCCCCCCCAACCACCCUGGCUCCAGGGCGGGGCCACGAUAGGAUUUUAGGGACAUACAAACCCAUCCACCACAGUAAGGUGGCGAUUCAUGGAGGGGAAUCUCAGACCGACAUGCCAGUUUCCUUGCACAUGCCCAGUUGCCGUGCACCAAUGCAGUCUGCUAGACCCAUAAUGUGGGUUGCACACUUACAGUCAGCUUGGACACCCCUAAUUACAAAAUUUAAGUCACUCACCCUAAUGCCACAUGGAAAAGUGUGAAUUGGGCUUAAGAUAUCUCUCAGGGGAAUCUGAUUAUGGUUUUCUUUUUCUUUAGAAAGAUAAAUAGCAAGAUGCAACAGAAAAAGGCCAUACAACAGUCCUGUCAGAUGUCAGCACCAGACCGACAGUUUACAGCCACACCAUUGUCAAGCAGUGAGAGGUGGAGACCUGCAGAGGGCGCUCCCACUGGCCACUCAUCUAGGAGCUUCACUCAUUCCAGCUACUCAGGUCAGAACCUGCCCUGUGAAACCAGGCUGAUGGACUAUGAAGACCAUGUGUCCACAACUCCGGAAAGGGUGAAGCAGGUGCCUCCACCCGCUGUGGGGGUCUCAUCCAUUUACACAAAGGAGAUGGAACUGGCAUCACCUCAUAUGAUUCCUGCCUCCAUCCAAAAGACCAUCCAGGAAGAGAAAAAACAAUUGAAGUCAUGGAUGAAGGAAGCAUUUAAAAAUAAGGGGCUGGGAAAACCUCCACAUGCUGUCAGGGAGAACACAAAACAGACAAGGCCUUCCCUCCCUGCUAUGCAUUCUGCCUCCGCCCAAGUGACAAUCAAGAAGGAGGAGACACAGGGAGAGUCAUGGGUGGAGAAAGCACGUGGAAAUAAGGGGAUGGUGAAAGUGUUGGAGGGAAAUGGGCCUCAAAGCCCAAUGCUGGAGGUGCAGCAGCAGCCGGAUGGGCUGCAGGACACAUACAAGGAGCAGGUGAACCAGCUCCAGCAGGAACUAGAGGAGAUGAAACGCAAGUGUGAGAAACUGCAGGUGAUGGAGACAGAGCUCCAGAGGAGGAAAGCUGAGGAACCUCCGGCAACGCAUCGGCCAUCUUCUGCUCACCUUUGUCCGUACGCUAGCCUUGUAAGAGAUUAAUAUGGACAGUGAUGUCAUGGAUAAGAUACUGGAUGAGGUCUUGAAUGAGGUUCCUGAGGUCUGACUUGGUCUCCAGUGUGGGUGGACUACGUAGGUCAAUUCUUACUUUGUCCAUUUUUUUUUUAUUAUACAAAUGUUUUUUGAUUAAAAAACAAACUCAAAUGUUUAUGUACUUAAGGUAUAUUCUUUAUAUUUUGCAUGAUAAAACAUUUCAAAUAUCACAACUGGCAUACUUUUCAUUCUCAUUUCUAGUUCAUUUUCAAAUUACCUACAUAAUAGCAUCCGGCAUAAUAACAAACCACACUUAGAGUAAUAGUUUUUUUAAACCUUUAAAUGUAGAUUCUUAUUUACUUGCGCUCAUUUGAUACCUUAUCUCCUUGGUGAUUUUAAGGUCAGUAAAUCAUUGUAAACCUAGAUCCUGUCAGAACAGCAACACUGUAUUCUCCAGAUGGCCCUGUCCCUCCUCCCACCCAAAUACUCCAGUCCUUCGCCCCCUACCCACACUCCUCACCUCUCCAGAAAUUGCUUUAAAAGUCCAACUUAUCUCGGUGUGAUGAAGUAUGCAAGUCCUCUCAUGUGCCACCACUAAAGUAACACUGCUAACAUUUUGGUGUGGUUUGUCUCAGAAUGAAAUCAGUUCUAGACUGUUUCCUAUAGAAAGUUUUUUUCCUCUCCUGAAGCCCUAUAGAUGCCACACAGUAGAGUUCAUCUAGUGGGCAAAAGGCAAUGUGUUUGUUGACUUGUCUGAAUCUGAGAUCUGCACAAAAAUAUGUAAAAUAAAUUCCAAAAAUAAGACUGCAUCAUAACAACAA